GGCACAGAAGGUGUUUACAUGAGACUGAUGUCGAUGGCCAAAUUGGGGUGUGAAUUGAUUUUAAAGUAAACCUAUUGUGAUUUAAAUUAAUCCGAAUGCAAUAACAAGAACCGCCCCGGGAGAGUGUGCGCCCAACCCCUAUUGUCAAUUCCGAGUUGAUGAUCUACCUAAAACCACAGCACCGAAAGUGCUUGACUCAUAAAUAUCCUAUUAAAUUACUUUAGGGACGAUGUGAUCAUAAUCCCUCAAAGUUAUAGAAUAGGACUAAAUGGCAGCCGUCUUGGUCAGGGAGAAUUAUCAUUAUAAUUAUAAUUCCUAAUUAUAUGGUUUUAACUAAAGCAGUGACGACUCGGAUUACCACGGUUUCUACCUCCCGCCCCGCGGACACAGUGAGUUUGACUGUCUCGCGGACAGCGCAGCGGUGAAUGCCGGUUUGUUUGUCCACCAGCGAACAGUUGCGUUUCGGCUCUACGUGUACAUGCAAGGUGUGACAAAUGCCAUCAAGCGUAAACUACUCCUGGAACAAUUAAACAGCCCACCCUUGGAUUUGAAAGGAAUUCUAUAGACUUCAAGUGAUUGGCUUUGGUUUUUGGCUUGUUUCUGUUUUUACAUCUUGUAGAGACUGAGAAAUAACUGCCAACAUGUCUAGGGAUCAUGACAAUGUGAAUAAGCUGACCGAAAGUACAUACAAGAAUGUGAUGGAGCAGUUGAAUCCAGGACUGAGGAACCUUGUCAAUCUGGGGAAGAACUAUGAGAAAUCUGUAGCCGUGAUGACUCUUGCUGGGAAGGCGUACUUUGAUGCUGUGUCAAAGAUAGGAGAGACUGCUUCCGUGUCCCCUGUCUCCAGAGAAUUAGGUGUGGUUCUGAUGGAAAUCGCUGAGGUGCACAAGAAGGUUCACCUGGAGCUGGAGGAGAAUUUCAAGCAGUUCCACAAAGAAAUCAUUUCUGAGCUGGAGAGGAAAACAGAGAUGGAUGUCAAAUAUAUGACUGCAACAUUCAAGCGGUACCAGUCAGAGCACAAAAUGAAGCAGGACUCUCUGGAGCGCUCUCAGACGGACCUGAAGAAGCUGCGGAGAAAGACCCAGGGAAAACAAGCCACCAAGUACGAGAAGAAGGAGAACGAGUAUAUAGAGACCAUCUCGUCUCGGCAGAGUGACAUGCAGAAGUUCAUCGCUGACGGCUGCAGAGAGGCCCUCUUGGAGGAGAAGAGACGAUUCUGCUUCCUGGUCGACAAACACUGCACGUUCUCUUACCAUGUCAACACCUUCCACGAGAAGGCCAAAGAGCUGCUGGCAGUGAAGCUGCCCAGCUGGCAGGAUAAAUGCAAAGAUGCCACCAAGGUCCCCGACACAGUAUUGACCAUGCUAGAGGGGCUCCGCACCCCCAUGUCUGGGACCCCAGAAGCCUCGCCUCUCGUCGAACGCUACAACAGGAACAAUAGGGACUCGAUGGUUCCUCCACCAGCCCCCCAGCUGAAGGCCCAGAUCAGUCCACUGGCUAAUAUGUUCAACCAGGACGUCCCCCACGCCUCCUUCACAUCCACAUCUACAUCAGACCACAACUCCGGCCAGAGCAGUAUGGAGAACAGUGGAAGCCUGUCUCUAUCCCGGUCAGUGUCGAUAGGUUCUGGGCUGAACGUGGGCAGGAAGCCACGGGUCAGGACCAUCUUCCCCCACACGGCCGGCAACAACGACACACUCCUGUCCUUUGAUGAUGGUGACAUCAUCAUACUGCUCAUCAAGGAGGAGAAGGACGGAUGGCUAUACGGAGAGCUGGAGAAGACCCGGCAGCGGGGCUGGUUUCCCUCAUCUUACUGCCGACCUUACAAUGAACCACUGAUCUCAAACAGUUUGGGGACACCGGUGCGUCGUCUGAGUGUGGCCAGUCUUCCGGAACAGGAAGAGGAGGAGCCUGUUUUGCUGCCGCCGCCAGACUACAGCGACAGGACAGGGAACAGCCUGGUCAGCGCCUCCACACCCUCACCCAAAAACACGAUCUCUCUACCCAAUGAGGUUGGAAAGGUUCCCUUUCUGGGAGGUGGGAAUCCCUUUGCCACUGUCAAACUGAGACCUACAGUGACCAACGACAGAUCAGCACCCAACGUCUAAUAACCAGAACUCAUCCAGACAGAGGAAUGAUAAUGCACCACCAACACUCCAGAAUUACAGUCCAACAAUAUGUCCACAAAGCAUGGAUUCUACUCCGCUUCAGCAAACCAGCUCCAUUGUACCCGAGCCAGCUCCAUUGUAGCCAGUUCCGUUGUAGCCAGCGCCGUUGUUACAAGCUCCAUUGUAGCCAGCACCAUUGUAGCCAUCUCCGUUGUAACUAGCUCCGUUGUAGCCAUCUCCGUUGUAACUAGCUCCGUUGUAGCCAUCUCCGUUGUAACUAGCUCCGUUGUAGCCAGCACCAUUGUAGCCAGCUCCGUUGUAACUAGCUCCGUUGUAGCCAGCUCCGUUGUAACUAGCUCCGUUGUAGCCAGCACCAUUGUAGCCAGCUCCGUUGUAACUAGCUCCGUUGUAGCCAGCUCCGUUGUAGCCAGCUCCGUUGUAACUAGCUCUGUUGUAGCCAUCUCCGUUGUAACUAGCUCCGUUGUAGCCAUCUCCGUUGUAACUAGCUCCGUUGUAGCCAGCACCAUUGUAGCCAGCUCCGUUGUAACUAGCUCCGUUGUAGCCAGCUCCGUUGUAACUAGCUCCGUUGUAGCCAGCUCCGUUGUAAAACAGAGUAGUGAAGUGACAAUGAUUAUGGGCAGUGCUGAAACAUAAUAAAAUCCAGGCUACCUUCCUCACUCUUUUGCGUUCAGAUUGUUUUUUACAUAAAUAUAUAUACAGUCGCUAGUGAAAGUCUACACACCCUUUGCAGAGUCUUCAAAGUUUGUUGCCUUAAAAUGUAAUCUACAGAGGGAAUAAAUGUUUUUUUUCUACUGACCUACACUGACCUACACAACCUACUUCACAUUUUCAGACUGAAAGAUAAAUUAUACAACACCCCAGAGUUAAUACUGGGUGGAAGCACCUUUAGCAGCCAUUACAGCUGGGAAUCAUUUGUUGUACUAUUAGGGCAACAUUUAUCCAUUGUUUUGGCAAAAUUGCUCAAGCUCAUUACAUUUGGUUGGGAAUCAUUGAUGGACACCAAUAUUCGAACCGUGUCUCUGAUUUUCAAGCAAAGUUAGUCAGGACUGAGAGUGGACUACUGAGGAACAUUCAACACCUCUUGGGAAACAUUUUGGAGUCUUCAGCAUUAACAUUUGUGUAAUUGUUCUGCAAAAACAUCUAUCCCAGGGUUAGGUUUUCCGAAGACAGAGGCAGGGUUUUCUCUAACUUCUUACCUGGACUUUGCUCCUUUCAUACUUAUUUUUGAUCAUGACAAACUCCCCAGUCCCUGCCGUUGACAAGCAUACCUAUAACAUGAGUUAUUAUAUGAUCAUUUACUGCUCUUUAGCAAUUUUGACAAAAACGAUGGAUAUAUAUUUCCCUAAGAGUUGUCGAGAGUUGGAAUUUUAUUCCAAAUGAUUCACAGCUGUAAUGGCUGCCAACAGUGUUUCCACCAAGUAUUAACUCUGGGAUGUGAAGUCAUACACAAUCAAGACUUCUUUUUUUCUGUUUUUUCAUUUUGAACAUUUUCUGUAAUUUAUUUCACUGAAAAUGUGGAUUAGGUUGUGUACAUCGGUAGGAAGGCAAAAUUAUUAUUAGUUUAUUUUUGUAAUAUUUGGGGUGUGUUGACAUCUAGGCACUGUAUUCUGUCUGUAGACCUUCUCUAGGCACUGUAUUCUGUCUGUAGACCUUCUCUAGGCACUGUAUUCUGUCUGUAGACCUUCUCUAGGCACUGUAUUCUGUCUGUAGACCUUCUCUCGACACUGUAUUCUGUCUGUAGACCUUCUCUAGGCACUGUAUUCUGUCUGUAGACCUUCUCUAGGCACUGUAUUCUGUCUGUAGACCUUCUCUAGGCACUGUAUUCUGUCUGUAGACCUUCUCUAGGCACUGUAUUCUGUCUGUAGACCUUCUCUCGACACUGUAUUCUGUCUGUAGACCUUCUCUAAGCACUGUAUUCUGUCUGUAGACCUUCUCUAGGCACUGUAUUCUGUCUGUAGACCUUCUCUAGGCACUGUAUUCUGUCUGUAGUAGUUGUAGGAAUGAGGCACAGGGACACUAGUUGGGGAAAGAAGUGCUACAUUUUUUGCCAUAUUUAUUUUUUCAUUAUGACGUAACCAUUUUUUCAAUGGGGAGGCUACUAUUUAUGCGUACAUUUUAAACAAAUAGAGAUGUAUCAUUUUUUAAAAUUAAUUUCAUCAUAAAGAAGUCUACUCAGCCCCCACUAAGUGUAUUGAGUGUAAACAAUGAGAGUUUAUGGAAGAAUGAAUAUAGCUCAUGUAAGUUAUGUUUAAAAUGAAAAUAAGUGAUUUUUGAUUAGCCAUAGACUACUAAAUGAAUGUAUGCUGAAUGGGGAAUGGAUUGACAUAUGGACUCUGCUAUGCUAUUUCUUCAUAGUUUUAAAAGUAUUUUUUUUCAUACUUGUUUAAAGGUUCAUGAUGUUUAUUGUUUAAAGGUUCAUGAUGUUUAUAAAGUUGUAAGGAGACAAUUUAUCUUCGUUUUUUUCAUGGUAAGUAGAAGACUUUUACAAAUACACAAUUGUUGUAAAUCACAAUAACAUUGUUAUUGGUAGAAAUACCGUAUGAACCAUGCAGUAUAUCGAAAGAGUAUAUAGGUUUUUCUCUUCCUUCAGUGUAGAGGAAUUCAUGAUACACACUGCUGUCCAUGAUAAUUGAUGAUUCCCAAAUAAGUUUAUGGUUCUUCUUCUAUCUCUGUUCAGAUACUGAUGUGUAUUCUGUCAUUCUCUAAUGGUGACAAGGAAAAUGCUUUACCAUGGUGUUCUGUAGACUAAAGUUAUGUUAUUUCACAGUAAAACAGGAUAAACCUUAACAAACCUUAAACCUUAAUGGUCUAAAUUCAUGUACUGAAUAUCUGUAUGAAGACUGUAUAACUGACAAUGUUGUAUGUCCCUUAAUACAUGAGAUGAAAUUGAGAAUUUUGUUGUCUUUUAAUUGAAUGAGUCGUUCUUAUUUUAUAUUGAACGAAUGAGUAGGCUACCAUUCUUUCCUGCCCCAUAGUAAAUAGCUUUAAGUUAUGUUCAUUUGAUUGCCAUAAACACUCACAUUAAUUUCUAAAUAAAGAUGUCUAUGUUUACCACUAGA